AUGUCUGAAAAAAGGAGAGGCAGAAGGCAGUCAAUCCUAGAAAACAGAGAAAGGCACCAACAAAAGGAAACCAGAAAAGACAACAGAAGGUUGGAUGCAAUGGCAAUGGACAACCACAGCAACCAGUGGCAGACUCUACAGUCCCUAAUAGAAGAGCAGUUGCAAACAGUCGCUGAUGAGAAGAAAGGAAGCAGAAAGCAACCACGCCCAAAGCCUCCAAGAUCAGAUGAGCUUAUCAUGAAAAUCCUCAAAACUGGCACCUUUGCAGAUAUAGAUAGUUGA